AUGCGUCUCUUGAGCAAGUCUGCGCACCCGGAUGGCUCGGUGGAGGUGCGCGUCUCGGUCAGCACCUCAGAAGAUUUGUGGCACUUGUACAACUUUAUUCUCGUAGGCGACCUCGUACUCACCAAAACACGACGCAAAGUUCCGCGUGAGAACGCCCUUGGCACCCUCGCUGCGGAGAUGAAGAUGCUCAACCUCGAGGUCGAGGUGAAGCAGAUCACCUUCACGCCAGACGAGCUGCGCAUCCAGGGUGUGACCAAGAAGGAGAAUAGCUUUGUAAAGACAGGCGCCCAUCAUACACUCACAAUUCACGCAAAUCCGCCGCAGGAGGUGAAAAUCACCAAGUCGGAGUGGGAUUCGAUCUGCGAGGAUCGCCUGAAGAACGCGUGCGACGAAUGCGGCAAGGCCGACACGGCCGCCGUGCUGAUGAACUUUGGCGAGGCUCAGGUGAUUCUCGUCACGCCGUCGUUUAUGCACGUCAAAGCGAAGAUCGACGUCACCAUCUCGAAGAAGCACAAAGGCGACGGUAAAGCACGCGACAAGAGCAUCGAGCGCUUUUUUAAGCAAUCCCUCGACGCCCUCGUCACACAUGUGAACUUCGAAAAGACGAAGCUCGUUCUGCUGUGCUCGCCAGGCCAUGUGCGGGAGGAGUUUUACGCUUACAUCAAGGAAGCCACCCAGCGCGCAGACCAGGGCCCAUUACGCGAGGUACACCUUAGCCUCUCCAAGUUCCUUUUCGUAAAGGUGUCAUCGACGACGAUCAGUGGGCUCAAGGAGGCUCUCAGCGACCCCGGCGUGGCGCAGCGUAUGGAGUCGACUAAGUGCCUUGAUGACAUCCGCAUGUGGGAGAAGUUCCAAGACACCAUGAACAGGGAUCCCGACAGGUGCGUCUAUACCCCGCAGUGCGUGUACUACGCCGCGAUGGCCGGUGCUGUUGGCGACCUCAUGAUUAGCGAUGAUGUCUUUCGCUCCGAAAGCCCGACAGAGCGGCGCUUCUUCUUAUCCCUUGUGAAUUUUGUGCGUCAGAGCGCAUCGUCAACUGUUAACGUCUUCUCUAGCAAGCACGUCACCGGUGAGCAGCUGACGCAGCUGGGCAGCGUCGCGGCGGUGCUGCGCUUUAGCUGCCCUGAGAUUGAUGAGAUGGAGGUGGUACCCGAGUUUUUGGCCUCCAAGGAGGUGGAAGAGUUUAUUCGGGAGAACGCGACCUCUCGUGUGACGGUCUGA